CAACCUCUCUCUACAAGUGUUAUAAAGAUUAUAUACCAAAAGAUCAAAUGAUCAAUUGCUUGUAUUUCUCCAGUUCCACUUUGGAGUAUUGUUGAAGGCAGUGCAGGAUAAAAGCUCUCCUGUUCUUGGAGAGAAUCCUUCUGUACAAGUAUGCAGCUGUGAUGACUCCCAUAACAAUAGGAAUUAAUGUCUACAAAAUUAAAUGAGCAAUAUUGUUUGUUUGGUUUUUGAGAAAUAUAUUUUCUAUGUAAAUGGGGGUCAGCCCUGACUAAGAUUAGUAAAUAUGGGAUAUACAGGAUUUAUACUCAGAAAAUGGGUGCAUUGUGAAUUCUUGUUUCCACUUGGAAAGGUUUGGCUCUUUCCUUUUCAGAUUUCAUAUGGUUCAUUUGAACCAGCCACAAAUGAUCAAAUCAAACGUGGUUUCUUCUACCGCAUGGUCCCCAAUGAAGAUCUUCAGUACAAGGGAAUUAUCCAGUUACUUCUGCAUUUUGGAUGGAAAUGGGUCGGGCUCAUCACUCCAAAUAAUGAAGCUGGAGAACAUUUCUUGCAGAUCAUUGAACCAAUGCUUUUCCAGAAUGGAAUCUGUUCAGAAUUCACUGAAAAAAUAGAAUACAAUCUGCAUUUCACUGGUAACAUACUUCAUAUGGUGGGUGAAACAAGGCUUUUGACCCCAGUUUUCAUGUCAAGCAAAGCUAAUGCAGUUGUUAUAUAUGGAGAAAGUACAUCUAUUUUAUGGCUAUCAAGUACUAUAGAAGUAAGGAAUAUGAUUCAGCUGAUAUUGCCUCCAUCUAAGAGGAAGCAACCUGGAGGAAAAGUAUGGAUUACAACAGCCCAAAUUGAUUUCAUAUUAUAUGCUUUUAAAAAAAUUAUUGAAAUUAAUGUACAAAUGUUCCAUGGUGCUAUCUCGUCUGCGAUUCACUCCAAUGAGAUUCAAGACUUUUCAGAAUUCCUAAGGAGUGUAAAGCCUUCCUGGGCAGAUGCAGAUGGUUUUAUCAACGAUUUCUGGGGACAAGCAUUCAGUUGUUCACUUUCAAAUUCCACAGCGUCAGAAGACACAUGUACUGGAGAAGAGUUGCUGGAGAGCCUUCCUUCACCAUUUUUUGAAAUGAGCAUGACCGGCCACAGCUACAGUAUCUAUAAUGCUGUCUAUGCUCUGGCACAUGCCUUACAUAUUAGGUACUCCUCUGAAGCCAUCAGCAAAAGGACAAAAGGUGGAGACAGCCUCUCUUCUCAGAAUGUAGAGCCUUGGCAGGUAAUGUUUCCUCUUAUAAAGUGUUCAUCUUGCAAAGUGUUCAGUGUUCUGCACUGUGUUGAUAAUAUAAUGUGA